AUGAAUACAUCAGCAGUUGGUCAAGUCGAAACAACGAGUGUAGCAGCAACUCCAACAGUUGUUUCAAACCGAUUUCUGAAUAAAACUGUGAUUGUCACUGGUGCUGGUUCAGGUAUAGGUCAAAGUGUUGUGAUCCGUCUCGUAGCUGAAGGUGCAUCUGUUUUUGGUAUCGAUGUUAACGAAGCUGGUUUACAACAAACUGCACAAUUGACCUCACAACCAGAUCGGGUGUCUAUUGCUGUUGUAUCCGUUACCGAUGAACAACAACUUACAGAGAAAGUGAACGACUAUGUUGCACAACAAGGUCGUCUUGAUGCUCUCAUUAAUGUUGCCGGUAUUAUUCGUACGUCUUUAUCUACAGACACAACACUAGAACAAUUUCGAUCAGUAAUUGAUACGAAUUUAGUUGGCACAUAUUUAUUGUGCCGUGUAUGCCUUCCACAUCUUUUGAAAAGCAAAGGUAACAUUGUGAAUACUGCUUCAACAGCUGGUCUUCAUGGACAUCCGUACAUGGCCGCAUAUGCUGCCAGCAAAGGUGGUGUUAUCGCAUUAACAAAAUCUCUUGCACGAGAAUACAUUUGUCAAGGAGUACGAGUCAAUGCAAUAGCGCCAGGUGGCACCAUGACUCCAUUGAUUGCAAGCGUUCAAUUUCCACCGGAGGUUGAUCCGAUUCUGUUCGCUAGCUUAAGUUUACCAGAUAGGCGGAUGGGUCAACCAGCAGAGAUAGCUGCUGUUGUAGCUAUGCUUGCAUCUGAAGAUGGUUCAUUUAUUAAUGGUGCAGUUGUUCAAAUUGAUGGAGGUUGUCAUGCCUGA